AUGAUCCAUUCACAAACAACCAUGAACCAUGAUAUGCCAAUGCCUUCACAUCCAAUGCCAGAUGACAUGUGCUCAAUGAAUAUGUUGUUUACUUGGGAUUGGAACAACUCUUGUGUAGUGUUCAAAUGGUGGCAUGUUAAAUCCUUCUCAGGUUUCCUCAUUUCGAUGGUAGUUAUUGUAUUAAUCUCAGCAGGAUAUGAACUAGUCAAAGGAUGGGUUGCCAAUUGGGAGAGAAACUCAUUAGCAACGUUGACAGCCUCAACAUCAAAUACCAAUUCUACCCAACAACGCAAGUUUAAAACACAAAGAGGAGUUUUAUACGGGUUCCAAGUGUUUUACUCGUUUUUCCUAAUGUUGGUGUUUAUGACCUAUAACGGAUGGUACAUGAUUGCCGUAGCUGUCGGCGCCGGCUUAGGUAAUUAUUUCUGGGCGGGUUUAGAAAGCACUUCCAGAACCUUAUCAUGCCACUAA